GUUUUAGCCUGUGCGGUUCCGUGGAUAAAGUGUCUCUUACUUACUCAUUGCAGUGGGAUUAUGUCUCAAGAGUCAUCCUUGCUCGCGUUAAACUCCAUGUAUCAGUUCAUUGAAUCACGAGUGUCAACUCUUCACACAGCCGUAGAAGUUUCAACCUGCUUUGACUUGAUUGUGGACGACUUGGAUGAAGAGGAAGAAGAGGAUGGAGGUCCCGUGAUCUAUGAGGACAAGGACAGUGAUGAAGAAGAAGGGGAAGGAACAGAGUUAGCAAUGGAGACAGAUGAAGAAGCAGACGAAUCAGCUGAUGGUGUCAAUGAUUUUGAAGACAUGAGCGACUGAGAAGACUUACUACAAACAGAAGAAAGUUUUGAUUUGUGUGAGGCUGAUUGAUUGUUAGAUGUAAUGUUGUAUCGAUUAGACUUUUGUAUUGAGAAAGAGUUUAUGUUUUCUUAAAAGAAAAAAGAAGUUGACAACGAGUAUGUAAAUUGAGGCAGACCUUGCAAGUGCAUCCAAAGUUCCAUCACAGCCAUCUAAAAGAGCCCUGUUCGUUUGCAGCUGUUUUCAUAUGUGUUUGCCGCUGGCAUUGGUGUCGCUGAAAAAGAGAUGAUGAUUCCAAUGAACAGGGCAAAGGUCUACUCGAAUUUUAUAAUUCCCUCAAUCAAUGGAAUUCUCCAGAGACGUGUCGCUGUGUUUGUAAGAAAUGUGCAACAAAGAGAUUAUGAUCUUCUGAAAAUGCUGAAAUAGGUAGAGAGCUGGAAUGGAGUUUCUUUGCUCACCUGUACGGUUAUGAACUUGAUUUUUCCGGAGAGGUCUUCAAAAAUCUUAACAGGCUGAGAGAAAAGCUCCCACUAACACAUAAACAACAAGGAGCCAAGAACAAUAGAUUCAAUAAGUUAUAAGAACCAAGCUUUUAUAUACAAGUUUGAUUCUAACAUGUAAAAUGCGAUGCACGUACGUAUAACCUUGUGCAUUCUCAAAAUUAACAGAGUCCAGAUGAAUGUGGUACUUGCUCAAAGUGGAAACAAAUUGUUAAGAAGAAGAAAAAGAGAGAGAGAAAGGCUAUUCUUUUUGUCCCACAUCGGUUUCUUUACUCAAAUUUGUGUUGUUUAUAUACGUCCUUAAACAAACAAUUGUACGUCGAGCUCAGUAGCGAGGGCUUGUGACCCAUGUGGGGACAAUAAGCUGAUGGAACACUGGCCCGGCCCACAGGUCGGAUCUGUUGUGGCAUGUUCUGGGCUGCCCAGUCCAAGCCGAGAGUGACCCGUGUGUGUUGAGCGAAGGCUUGGCUCAGGCGGUUCCUAAAGUGGAGGGCAAUGCGUGAGGCUGGUUUCACAGAGCAGCGAUCACCUCCCUCUCUCGGCAGUGGACGGAUAACGGCUCAAAGCCACUCAGAUCCAGCAUGGCCUGGUGGUUCGUACCCAGCUGAACCAUCAUCUUUU